GAGAGUGGUAUCCCCAUCUUUACUACGACUUGUUAGUGUCUGCUUCCUUAUUCACAAAACUUUGAUUCUCUUCACUACAAAAAAAUAUGGGUCUCAAAGGUAAAUUAACAGCUCAAAUAGAGAUGAAGGCUGGUGGAGAUGUAUUUCAUGGACUGUUAAGUGAAACACCACAGCAACUACCCAACAUCAGCCCUAAUGUUAUUCAAGGCUGUGAUUUGCAUGAAGGAAAAUGGGGAACUGUAGGCUCAGUCUACAUCUGGAAGUUUAUUCAUGAUGGGAAGCAGAAAGUAGGCAAAGAUAUCCUCGAAGCCAUUGACAAGGAAAAGAGGUCACUCACAUUUAAUAUGAUCGAGGGUGAUCUACUCGAGUUAUACAAAGUCUUUAAAAUCGAUUUCCAUGUUGAAACACAUCAUGGCAUUGAUUUGGUAACAUGGACCCUCGACUAUGAAAAGCUGAAGGAUGACGUUGAAGAGCCACUCACAUUUUUGGGUGCUCUCAUUAACCUCUCAAAAGAUAUCGAGUCUUACCAUCUCAAGGCAAAAUGAUAUGGAGUCGUGUGCUUGCUAAUCAACUUGUGUGUGUGUUUUUGUCUUUCUUCUUCGGUGAUUUUUUUUUUUUAAUUGUAUAUAUGUUGUAGCAUAAAUGAAGGUCUCGUGUGGUGGCUUGAUGAUGCUUGUGAAUGAAUGUGAGGAUUCAUUCCUCCGUGUACGAAUGCUUGUCAGCGAAUAAAUUACUUUAGCAUGUAAAUGUGUCUAU